UCUAAUCAUUUCAGGCGGAUUACAGAUCAUUUCGCUUCGGAUCAGUCUUGCGAUCAACAUCUUUGUUCAUUUCGCUGAGGUAGACAACAACAUGACGUGGCAAGUAGCAAUCGCUCUCCUGCUGGUGGGAGUUGGUGUCGUCUCCGCAUCUCUCGGUGAACCAAACUUUCCUGGGUGUUGGCCGAGAUGGACCAGCGAUCGUCCCCGACCCGCCUGUGACUGCAGCAAAGCAUCGGAUAGAGACUCGUGGGUUUAUGGUGGAGAUGGCUUCCUGACGUGCUGGGGUAACCCAGGAAUGGUGUACAAAUUAAACGCAGAGUUACAGACACAUUCUGAAGCCUCAAAGGGCUGCAACAACUGGGAUGAAGCAGUGUGUGAGGGCGAAUACUCGGAUGGAGAAGACCAACGGCUUUGGAGAACCGGUUUGCUGAACAUCCAAUUUGAAAACGAACUGGAAGGGGGUGUCAUACCUGCCCUCGAGAAAGCCUGCAUCGCUCCAAGAACAAACGGGUACGUGUGGUUCUGGGUCAACAGGAUCGACUACGGCAAAGUGACCUUCGCUGAUGGGUCAAGUACCAAACAAGACGGCGAAUGCUUGGCUAUCAGGGUCGGUAACGAUGGUAGAAUCUACGGCAGGUACUUUAGUUGCGGUCAGAAGCUACCAUCCUUCAUUAGGAUCACACCAGUACAAAGUCACUAGAGGAACCGAUCUAAAAAUGAAAGGCGAUUGCCUUGACCAACCGUAGAUCUUCUUUCUCAAUUCGACGUUAAGUGUGGUGCGAAUGAAUCCUCCGGGUUUUAGUUAGCA